AUGACACCGUCAACCUCUCUUCUCCUCUUACCUGCUCCGCCAACUGAAAUAGAUGCGACAACGAUUUACGCAGCCUAUAGAUUGCCGAUUGAGGCUGUGGUGUCAGCUCUAGGGAGGCUGCCUCACACAACAACUCUUCAAGUUGUCCUCCCAUGUCCGGCACUCCAAAGUCGACUCAGUCGACCCCGUUCUGAACUGUGGAGUGAUGCUCAACACCUGCUUGCCAAUAUCUAUAGUCUCAUUUGUGUAGUUUGCGCGAAACUUGCUGUUGAUGUCGAUUGCGGUACCCCCGGAUCCAUAGAUGCUCGGGUGCUCUUACUGGAUUAUGAUGGAACCCGAGUAGUUUCGCAAGGAAAGGCAACUCUCGACAACGGUACUAUGGGCCCAAUAAUUGACCUCCCCACGUUUGCUUUAACUCGGCGACAUUGGCGUACCAUAUACAACGUAGAUGGUGAGGAAGGCCAACAUCUUCUUGCGGCCUACACAGGUCUUGCAAGCGAAAAGUUACCUCCUCUAAAUGGCAAUCUGUAUCGUGUUGGAGGUGGAGUCAUUAUGAGGAACAACACACCGGCUCCAGUACAAGCCAGCUCCAAUACCUCGAUGUCCCAUAGAGUCGUUGCUGUUGGUGGUACGUUCGACCAUUUACACGCCGGGCACAAACUUCUGCUAACAGCGACCGCGUUAUUACUCCAACCCCACGACGACACCCUGAGGAUACCACUUCGUCUGAUUGUUGGCAUCACCGGAGAUCAACUGCUGAAGAACAAGAAACAUGCUGAAUAUUUGAGCAGCUGGAAGCAGAGACAGGAUGAUGUUGUGGAUUUUCUAGUUUCCGUGCUCUCUUUCACGCGGCUUGGCCGCGAGAAAGAACUCGAGAUCCAGGAGGUGAACGAACCCGUUCCAAAUGGGAAAGGAAUAUUUACAAAACUCAACUCUUGUUCGGUGACAAUUGAAUGUGUUGAGAUUCAGGAUCCUUUUGGGCCUACUAUCACAGACGAAAGUGUAACGGCACUCGUGGUGUCCGGUGAGACAAAGUCUGGUGGCCAAGCGGUCAACGAGAAGCGAGCAGAAAAAGGCUGGAGAGCUCUUGAAGUGUUUGAGGUCGAUGUUCUUCGUGCCACAGAAGAAGAUAGUGGUCACAGCGAAACAAGUUUCGAGUCCAAGAUCAGCAGUUCAGCCAUCCGCCAGCGAAUAGCCGAGACCUCGCGAGGUUCGUCAUUAUGA